GGAACGAGAUGAGCAGCGCCGGAGCCGCUGCAAGAUGCUGGAUGGACACGUCCUGCUGGGAUGGCUCUCCUCCUGCGCGCUUCUAGGGCUGCUCGCCUGCACCCCGCGGCCAUCCGCCGCUUAUUUCGGGCUGACGGGCAACGAACCCCUGACCAUCCUCCCUCUGACUUCAGAAAUGGAGGAAGCCGCUGUCAAAGCCCACUACAAAGUCUGUGACCGCCUGAAGCUGGAGAAGAAGCAGCGCAGGAUGUGCCGGCGGGACCCCGGUGUGGCAGAGACCCUGAUGGAGGCCAUCAGCAUGAGUGCACUGGAGUGCCAGUACCAGUUUCGCUUUGAGCGUUGGAAUUGCACCCUGGAGGGCCGCUACCGGGCCAGCUUGCUAAAGAGAGGUUUCAAGGAGACAGCCUUCCUCUACGCCAUUUCCUCUGCAGGGCUGACACAUGCUAUGGCCAAAGCAUGCAGUGCAGGCCGGAUGGAGCGCUGUACCUGCGACGAGGCCCCGGACCUGGAGAAUCGUGAAGCCUGGCAAUGGGGUGGCUGUGGUGACAACCUGAAAUACAGCAACAAGUUUGUCAAGGAGUUCUUGGGGAGGAAGCCCAACAAGGACCUGCGAGCCAGGGUGGAUUUCCACAAUAACCUUGUGGGCAUGAAGGUCAUCAAAGCUGGUGUGGAGACAACCUGUAAGUGCCAUGGUGUGUCUGGGUCCUGCACCGUCCGAACGUGCUGGAGGCAGCUCUCUCCAUUCCAUGAAAUAGGGAAGCAGCUGAAGCAGAAGUACGAGACGUCACUCAAAGUGGGCAGCACUACCAACGAGGCCACGGGGGAAGGAGAUAUUUCCCCACCCAAGAAAUCCAUCCCUGGUCACAGUGAUCAAAUCCCAAGGACUACGGAUCUUGUCUACAUUGACGAUUCCCCAAGCUUUUGUCUGAUGAGCAGAUACUCACCCGGGACUUCGGGAAGGAAGUGUUACAAAGACAAGAACUGUGACAGCAUCUGCUGUGGGCGAGGGCACAACACGCAGAGCCGGGUGGUCACUCGGCCAUGCCAGUGCCAAGUUCGUUGGUGCUGCUACGUGGAAUGCAAGCAAUGCACCCAGAGAGAGGAGGUUUACACCUGUAAAGACUGACGCAUCUUCUGCCUGAUAGCAACCCUCAGCGGCAGGCGAUCAUGGUCUAUGAGAACUACAUAUGGAGACAAACAGGGUUUGAUUGACCUUCUGGGAUCUGAAAGCUAUGUUGAGACAUAAGCACUUUGUAGGGUACAGGUGACCCAGCUGUGUUGCUGUUUUGUUGUUGUUUUGUUUUGUUUUUCCUGUAGACUGAAUUCUAAUGAGGUCCAACCAUGUGGAAAUAAGUGCCUGUCACACUGGGGCUAGAUACCAGUUGACCUUUACCUUCAUCGUCCACGCAAUUUGAUGGAUCAUUUCUCCUUGGAACAUCAUGAUCAUUUCAUCAAUCCUCCAUGAACUUCUGGGCUGAUAGAUUCUCUCUGGAAUAGUUAACCUAUAUUACUUUCUUCCUGAAGCUUACCCAGCAGCUUAGAGAGCUGGACAGAUUUAAAAAAAAAAAAAAAAAAAGGAAAAAAAAAAAAAAGAAAAAAUUAAAAAAGAAAAGAAAAAAAAGAUCUUUCUGCUUUGAGUGCAGAGAUAUGAGAAGUGGUCAUUUCUUCCCUCUUCUAAAGCUGAGGAGAAGGGUAGGGUAAGCAAAAACAGUCCUUAUAGCAGUUGUUCUUCUAAUGACACUUCUGCACUUCCAGCAAACAAGGCUCUGACAAAGUGACCCACUUGGAUGGUAAGCUUUUUAAUGACAGCUCCAUAUCCCUGUGCUUUGAUCACUAAGUACAGUUGGGUCCACCAUGUUGCAGAUGGCAGUAUAUCCAAGAAAGAGGUUGGGAAGUCGUUAUGAAACCAGAUGUGCCUGUUCCCUUCAGUCAUGUUGUUUUUUUUUCCCCAUACAAUUACUUCAAAUGCAGUUCCUUCAGCACUAUCACUGUCUUAAUUUUUAUUUAACAAACAAACAAACAAACCACUAGAUAAUUUUAUUUUCCCUUUGUGCGUGACUAUUUUCUCUCCUCUUCCUGCCUCUUAAUGAUUGAAUUCACCCUGUGGAAAUUGCUUCAGAAAUCUAAACUGGAACUUUUCAGUCUUAUGUUAGCUGAAUUUGGACGUGUUUUUGAGGAGGACAGGAGAAAUUCCAGUGCAUCUUGGAACGCAGCAAUGUCUUGCAUUGUAUAGCAGCUGUUUUGGACUGGAUCGGACCUUUGGAGGAUUCGACUUUUCUUUUACUAGGUCAUCAUUCCAUUUACUAUUAACUACAGCAGUGGUACAUGACACAAGCUGUAUGUAGUAAACCCUAUGACCUUAAGAUUUGUUUUAACCACUAGAUUGAGAACUGUGUUUUAAAAGUACAGUUGCUAAAUGGUAACCAACUGUUGGAUUUGGAACUUCUUAUCAACGCAAAGACAACCUAGCAAGUGGCCAGAGAAGCCAGAAGUCAACUGCAGAGGUAGAUAGCUCUGACGCUGUGAAAUAGAUGACAAUCUUCAGCAUUUCUUUUUCCUUUUGAAGAGGAUAUUCUCAAUCGAGGACUUGAUGCAGUAAUAACCAUUAGUCAUAUAAAAGUGCUUCUGGGAUUGGCAGUGGCUGGUGAAUGCCUCAACAAAGCUUUCUGAGGAAACACUGGAGAGCAGAGGGCAUUGUAUUAUAUUUUUAUAUCAGCUUUUGAUUGUCCAGUAGUAGCAAUUUCCACCCAUUUUGUACUGAACAUUGAUCUGGUUCUCAAAAGAGGAAAGCUGGCUGGAGUUUUUCAAGUAGUAGUAGAGGUCAACCAAGCAAAAAGAGCAGUUUUUCAAGAAGGACCAUUAUUAUUCAAGGCAUUGUGUUAUUUUCUUUCUUUUUUUUCUUUCCCCAAACAAUAGCCACUAAUAUUUAAGCUGUUUAUGUGCAUCUACUGGGAGGAAAAAAGAUUAUUUUUUUUUCUUGGUAACAGAUAACUGCAGCCCAACCUGACUUAUUGGCAUCAAAUCUAGAGGUAGGGGACUCAGGAGGGACAGGGUCCUACAAAGUAAAGCAAACUGGCUCUUUUUUGAUAUUGGUUUAUUUGCUGUACAAAUCUGGAGACUGAGGUAGUGCUGUAGAAGAAGUAAUCCACACAAGGAGUGGUGCACACACAGUAUUUGUCCCUUGCACCAUGACAGAUGCCUGGUGAAGCAUCCGACAAAGAGGUUUUGCAGGAAGGUCUCAUGGCUUCUGAGGGAUGCACCUCUUUGAAAGUCACUCACAAGCAGUUUAUCUAAUGGUUUAAACAGUAAACUGACUAGAAACCUAUUAUUAUUCAGUGUCGGCAUGCGAGUAUGUAGCUACGCGUAUGCAGACACAUAAAUAUAUAUAUAUAAAUAUUGAACAAACGUUUAUUUAUUUUAAAGCCCUUCAGAAGGACCUUCUUUUGGUUUCAAUGUGGUAUUAUGUUAAAUUCUUUCUCCCUCUCUCUCUCUCACACACACAUGUGCAUAUGUGCAAGUUCUUUGGCUCAUUCUUACGUGUGUGUGUGUGUGCUAGAAUAGCUCUUCCCCUCCAAAGCAAGGCUGUAUCCAAACCUACUCAAAACAUGAGGGUUUUUGGAUCAGGAUUACUAUUUCUGGCCCAUUUCUUUUUUUAGGUAUUUGUUCUUUGUUGAAGAAUGGGCCGCAAUUUAUGUGCAUUAUUAUUAUUAUUGUUAUUAAUAAUUAUUAUUAUUGUUAUAUUUAAACCGUGGGCCUCAUUUUUCUUCUUUUCACUGGUGUCUCUGUCUCCAUUGACCUCGCUGGAGUAACUCCACAUUGCACUGGUGUGAGAGGAGAAUGAGUCCCUAGAUGCAGAAGAGAGGGCAGAGUUGGCAUGGAUAUCAUUGUAGAGAAAAUAUCUGUGUCUGUGGAGUAGGGUAGCUUGGUGUGUUUGGGGAGAGAGAGAUGGGUGGGCAAUGAGCAGGCUGCCAAAGCUAGACUAGAAGAACGAGGCAAAGAGUGAAUGAACUACUGAGUGAAAGAGCUCUUCUGUGUAUUAUAAUUCACGCACUGAAGCCUGGAUGCUUUCUGUAAGUAUUUAAAAAACAACAAAAAACCAACCUAAAAAUAAAGCAAACAAUCAAACAAAUGGAGAAAAAAAAAGAAAAAAAGAAAAAAAAAAGCAUAAAAAAACCCAAACACACACACACAAAAAACCUAAUUGUAUUUAUGUUAAUGUGGAUAUAUUACUUGCCUGUUCUAUAUUGUAAAUAGCAAGGUUUAUUCUCCUGUGGUUAAAAAAAUAAUAAUAAUAAUAAUUAUAAAUGACUAAAUAGUAGCGAGGCACAUGUGUUAAAUGUAUAGGCAGUGUAUAAAAUGUACUAACACUCUGAAAUCAGGAGAACUCGUCUUCUUGGCCUUUUGACCUAGGGUGGUAAAACAUAUGUGGGUUAUUCCUCUUCUCCCCUCACCUUGUUGUGUGUGUUUCUUGGGUGGCAUGGGGGGAUGUUUAACUCCAGCAUUUUCCAAUGUUUGCCUUACCUUUGAAGAAAGAAUUUGGGGAAAAAACCUUGUUUUGGAAGAAUCCGAUGGAGCUCGAGUGGCACUGAAGCAUGUAGUAGGUGGAAGGAAUAUUGGUAAACCUGCUUAAAAUUCUCUUGAGAUCUUAGUCUGGGUUUUCUGCAAGAAACCCUGGAGGCCUCUGUCAGACACUGACUGCUGUCCUUUGGGUUACUGCUGCUUCAAAUUGGAUUUUUCCAGAUAGUCUGAUUCCAUCCCCACACCAUGAGAUCUCCAGUGCAAUUCAUUGAAAUUGUUCAUAUUUGCAAAACUAUUUUAGGAGUGAAUUUGGGCCUGGAAUCUUUCAUGGCAUCACUUCAUAAAAACAAAACAAAACAAAAAACGAGUGCAAAGCAACUUUUUCUCUCCUUCCCAUCUGCUAUGCCCCCAAGAAACAGAUUUUUGCAGCAGAUAUAACUGGAGAAGGAUAGAUGGGUGUACGGGAGGUCUGUGGCUUCUGAUCUCCUUUCACCUCCUGUCCCCCAAAAGUGUCAAAGUGUUGGUUCUCCUGAGCUGAUCCAGCAAGACUUGCAAGAUUGGUUUUGGGGUGGGGGGUGGGGUGCAACCAUUAUUUAUAUAACUUUUUUAUUAUUAUUAUUAUUUUUUUUUUUUAAAGAGAAGUUAGCUGAUGGAAGAAUAUUUUUAUUGAAUAGUGCAUUUAGUUAUGUCAGAAAUAUAAAAAUAUAUAUAUAUAAUAUUUUUGUAAACAAGGCAAACUGAAAACGUUUGCUGUUUUAUAUUAGAAUUUUCUAUUAAAAUAAAUAAAAAACAAAACAAACAAACAAAAAAAAAAAAACAACCCCACACAAAUAAUUGUUGCACCCGUCAUCUGUUUUUUAACAAGCUUCUAUUCUGUGUGACUGACUCAUAUAUACCGGAUGUGGAGAUGUGCAAAACGAAUCCUCAACGUUACGUUCUAGUUGUCUUCCCACUCCCAAAAGAUUCCAUUUGGUGGGAUGUGUUUAAUCUGAAGGGGAUUUUUCUUUAUGAACACUGAAAAUGGAUUAUGGAGAUGAACAGAAUUGAUAGCUUGCAAUUAAAACACACACACAAAAAAAACCCCAAACAAACCUUACCCUGAAACCUCAAGCUUUUGAUUUUUAGUUGUGCUUACUGGUCUUGGCAUAGUUUUGGAGGAAGGAAAUCCUAUUUGCAAUAAUUGAAUAUUUGCCAUUGAUCUCAGUUGGGCUGGGUAGAAUGUAUUCUACAAAGGUAGCUGGAAAGAAAGCACCCGAGUGAGUGGGAAGGUUAAAAGGAGGACCAAACUCAAGGCUUGAUCUAACAGAAGCGAUUUGCAUCAAUUUGAAUGAAAAUUGGGGAGCAGUUCAGGAAGCCUGUUGUUCAACUUUAGAAGGAAGGGAAGAGCUAUGGAGCAUCUUUUUCAGAGCUGGUUUGCAGAUCCGGGCACUGGAGAAACAAUUUCUGAGGAUUAUUUAUUGUUGGCCACGUCUGCCUUCCUUCAGCCCAGGUCUUGAAUUUCUUUGUUAAUCGUUUUUCAGCUGCCCUACUUUAGCCAACGUAUGAGAAGAAAUUAGGUUGGUUUGGCCAUAGUAGGGUUGGGUGAGAAUCCAGAUGAAGGGACAGAUUUCUCAAGGGUACUUUCAUGGUGUAGAUGCUCCUUAAGGUAAUUUUCUGGCAGAUUAUAGUGCCUGUGAAAAAUUCCUCGGUCACUGUAGCAGUAAAAUUAGAUCUAUGCUGUACUUGCUAUAACAGGUGCAGCAAAGCUCUGUGUUCCCAGUCUUUUUGGUUCUGCAUGCACAUCUGGUAGGCAGAGUCUGGCUUCCAGGGUCGGCUUAUCUUGGCCAUCACUUUUGAGGAUGCUAACUAGGUGAUGACUUUUGGAGAGCGGUAUUUUCCUGCAAAACGAAUAAUGCGUUUUAUGACCAUUGCUGUCAGUGUAACUGAGAGGAGGCUCAAUAUGGCACAGGAUCAGGGCGGUAGAAGUCUGGUUGUUGCUAAAGCAAUCUAGCUUAGUUCCAUAAAUACUAUUAAUCUUUUCAAUUCCAUUGCUACUAAUGAAGGCUGGAUUUGACCAAGCUAUUUCCAGAUCCCAGGGAAGAGAAUAUGUCUAAACAAAAAGCAGUGAAUCUCUAGAUGGAUACUGCAAACACGUUUUAGCUGUGGCAUCAUGGUAGGUUUCCUGUAACUGUUUCUUCAUGGCCAGUGAGUGAGAAGAGUGUAAGCGAAGACCAUAAAUGAUUCAGACACAUGAAAAAGGGAUGUAUCUGAACAAGACAUCUUGUCAGUUGCUGUUGAGUACUUUCAGAAAUGGGCUAACUCCUGCUCAUCAGCGUGUGACAAGGGGACCCGAUGGGACACCCUCACCAAGUCUUCCCAUUCAUCUUGGGCUUGUUCAGGAAAGUCAGGACAGGUGUUGACACUCUUGGUGUAGUGGGAUGUUUGCAGCCAGCCUGGAAUCAUCCCACAUUAGUGAAGGAAAUAGUUAAAAGCGCGCUUGCUCUGGCUCUGUCUGCAGUCAGUGUUGGCAACUCUAGAAGGUGUUUUGGCCAAUGUGAAGGUGCCAUUUUCUCCCAGCUGACAACAGGAUAAGCAGGGAUAAAAUGUAGAGAUGUGGAGGUGAACUCAGGACUAAGCAAGGUCAUGCUUGGAAAACCCUGCUAAGCUCCCCUUAGGCAUGAACCCAUUUGAAGAAGCAGUUGUCAGAUCAGACAGGAAUUUUGCCUUAUUCCACUCCACCCCAGUCUCCAACCUCUGAGACUUGAAUGUAAAGUCUAGGAUUUGUUUUGCACACUUGGGAUGGUAUUUCCUUUUAAAGGGAGGUGGGAAUACUAACAUGAAGGAUUAGUAUUUUUUUUUCUUUUUUUUCUUUUUUUUUUUUUUUUUUCCAUUGUCUUAUGGGAGCCUAAGUUAUUUUUCUCUACCUCAUAUGUACAGCUUGUAGGUAUAAAUCUGAUUCUGAGUGACUGUUAAGAAUGUAUUUAAGUUAUUUAACAUCUUUGUAUAACAAAAAAGCCAGAACAAAUGAAACAAUAAAUGUAUUUUAAAUUAUA